AAACAGGUGGCAAAGCAAUUGGAGCUAGGAGUCAUCCAACCCUCCAAGAGCGAAUGGGCCGCUGCACCUCACUUCGUUAAAAAGAAGACGGGAGAGUGGAGAUGCGUCAUCGACUACCGCAGACUGAACGCGGCCAUGACGGCAGACUCAUAUCCUCUACCACGCAUCUGGGAUCAUCUGCGACGAGUCGCCGGACAACGGUACUAUUGCACGCUAGACAUGAACAGUGGAUUCUGGAACGUGCCAAUCGAGGAGGGGAGCAAGGCGACUGGUAAUCGGAUCGUCACUUGA